AUGGAAUCCUACGAAGAGGACCACACUGCAGCAGAUGAACAAGAAAGGGAACAAGAGCAUACGCAAGAGAAGAUCAUCAAUGAAGAGUACAAGACAUGGAAGAAGAAUGCGCCCUUCCUCUAUGACAUGAUCCUCAGUACGGCACUCGAGUGGCCAACUCUGACCACUCAGUGGUUACCGGACGUCCAAGCAGUUCCCGACAAGCCAUACUCCACUCAUCGACUUAUCAUCGGUACUCACACUGCUGGUGACGCCCAAAACUAUCUACAGAUUGCACACGUCCAGCUCCCAAACGCCAACGCCCCCAAUCCGGAAGACUACGACGAGGACAAAGGUGAAAUCGGUGGCUACGGAAAUGGCUCAAAGAAAACCCCCAUGGAGAUCAAGUUCAACAUUGUUCAAAAGAUCGAUCACCAAGGCGAGGUCAAUAAGGCUCGCUAUCAACCACAGAAUCCCAACAUCAUUGCGACCAUGUGCACGGAUGGUCGCGUAAUGAUCUGGGAUCGCUCAAAGCACCCCAGCAUGCCGACGGGGACAGUAAACCCCCAGAUGGAGCUCCUCGGUCACGAGGCCGAAGGUUUUGGUCUGAGCUGGAACCCUCACCAGGCAGGACAUCUCGCAACUGGUAGCGAAGACAAGACCGUCAGACUUUGGGAUAUCACCACCUACACGAAAGGUAACAAGGCUGUGAAACCAUCCCGAACUUACACUCACCAUUCAUCGAUCGUGAAUGACGUCCAACAUCACCCACUUCACUCGUCGCUGAUCGGUACUGUCUCCGACGACAUUACUCUUCAGAUUAUCGAUGUGCGAAAUGCCGAUAGCACUCGCGCCGUCGCUUCCGUCGGAGGUGAGCAUCGGGAUGCUAUCAACUCGAUUGCCUUCAAUCCCGCCUCAGAAACCAUUCUCGCGACCGGUUCUGCCGAUAAGACCGUCGGGAUCUGGGAUCUCAGAAACCUCAAGGCCAAGCUGCAUUCCCUCGAAGGUCACACGGACUCGGUCCAGUCCAUCGCAUGGCAUCCGUUCGAGGAGUCAGUGCUUGCUAGCUCUAGUUAUGACCGGAAGAUCAUGUUUUGGGAUCUCAGUCGAGCCGGCGAAGAGCAGACUCCUGAGGACGCCCAGGAUGGUCCCCCAGAACUUCUCUUUAUGCACGGUGGACACACAAAUCGCAUCUCAGAUUUCAGCUGGAAUCUCAACAAUCCUUGGGUCCUAUGCUCAGCAGCUGAGGACAACUUGCUCCAAGUGUGGAAGGUCGCGGAUGCUAUUGUGGGCAAGGAUCUAGAUGAUGUGCCCAUGGAGGAGCUGGAGGCCUGA